AUUCAAUGUGCAAUACGGGUAGUAUAAAUUAUAUAUGUACAUAUCUAUUUUUUCCAUAGAAUUCAGAAUAGAAACAAAUACAUGCUUCAUCACAUUGCCAUCACUGUGUUAACUUGAGUUCAAACAUUUUGCAUUUACUACUCGAGAAGCAUUCUUUUUUUAUCGUUUUUGUUAUUAACUUCGGUAUUGUUUUUUGGAAUUAAUUGUCAUCAUGAAUACAUUAAUUAGAUGCUUAGGACAUUCUUUAAAAAUGUCCAACAUGGCCAUUAAUAACUUCACUAGGAAUAUGUCAAUAUCACCCAUUAGCCAAUCGCUAUUGCUUACAACUCGAAAGAUACAGACAUGUAAACCUUUCAAUGUUCGGCUUGCACAUUCUUCAGUUGAAAAAGAACUUCAACAGUUUUUAGACAACGAAAUAAAAACUGAAGAACAAACAUCAGACAAGACUUAUCUACCUAAAACAUUUGAAGGAUUUAAAGUAAACGCUGAUGGAGCAGAAAUUGAAUUGAUCAAGGAAUCCUCUGAUGAAACAAUUGCUAUCAAAUUCAACAUUAACCAUUCAGUAUCUGAAGAAGAAACUGAAGGUGCAGAAAAAGUUGCAUUAAGAUCUAAACCAGAUUUUGAAGUAGAUAUCACUCGAGGCAAUACUAUUCUUGGUUUUAACUGUUCAUAUGCUAGCAAUUUUGACAAUGCAGAAUUAGAAGAAGCAGAUGAAGAUGUAUUUCAUAUUGAUGAGGUAACUAUUUACGAAGACAAAUACUCGGACAAUAAAUAUGCCCUGGCUGGAGAUACAUUAGAUAGUGACCUCUACGAUUUAUUGAUCACAUUCCUUGCAGAAAAAGGUAUAUCCAACACAUUUGUUGAAAAUCUUUCAGAUUUCAGUACGCAGUAUGAACAAAAAGUAUAUAUAAAAUUUUUAAGCGACUUAAGAAAAUUUUUUUAAGAUAAAUUAUUUUCACACUAUUAUU